CCGGCACGUGCGGCGUGUUGUGGCUGUCACCGCCAUGGCGGUGCCGGAGGUGCUGCGGCAGCUGAGCCGCCGAGCCUGGGAGCCCGCGCUGACCCGGGCGCAGCGCGCCGCCGUCCUCAUGGACGCGGCCUCCACCGAGGCGCUGCACUGGGCCGGCGGGGCGGGCGAGCUGCUGGCGGCCGGGGCGCUGGCUGUCAGCGCGCUGUCCGCCGAAGCGGCGGUGCCGGCGGGGGCGGCCUGCGUCGUGUUCGUGGUGAGCGGGGCGCUGCGGGGCGGCGCGGCGGCCGCGGUGCGCGGCGUGCUGGAGCGGAGCGCCGUGCGGCACUGCGUGCUCGUGUGCGCCGACGAGGCGGAGGGCGGCGGGGCGGCCGAGCUGGAGGAGACCUUGCGGCGGUGGAUGGACGAGGGCGGCUGUGCCGAGGUGGUGCUGCGGGGCCCGCCGCUCCUGGCGCCCGUCUCGGCGGAGCUCUGCCUGCUGCCCGCCCUGGCAGCGCUCCUCCCGCCGCUGAGCGGCCCCGGCGGCCCCGGCCCCGCAGAGGUCGGGCUGAGCGCGCUGCCCGCCGAGCUCAGGGCGGCGGUGCGGGCCCUGGUGGGUGACCUCGACUCCCUCUUCACCGCCCUGGGUCUGCGGGAGGAGAGCUUCGCUGUGGGGGCCCUUAGCAGGGUGGUCGCCGCUGAACUGGCAAGCUACGCUCCAGCCAAAAACAGGAGGAGGACAGCUACCAACAAGGCCUCUGUCAUCUUCGUGGACAGGACGUUGGACCUCGCUGGAGCAGUUGGCCAUCAUGGUGACAAUCUUGCAGAGAAGAUUCUUUCUGUGCUUCCGAAACUUCCUGGCCACAAGACUGAUGUGAUGGUUAACAUGGUGGAACUUACAGCACUGCAGACUACAGAUGAAACUUGCAGUAUUAUAGCACCUGGCUGCUUAGCACAACCAAAUGAUCCAGCUGCCAAAGCUCUAUGGGAGUCCUUCAUGAACCUCAAACAAAAGGAAGCUGUGAUGGAGGCCAGGAGACACCUUGUGGAGGCUGCAAGCAGAGAAAAUUUACCUAUUAAAAUGAGCAUGGGCAGAGUCACCCCAGAACAGCUCAGCUCAUACAUUCAGCUUUUCAAAAACAAUCUUAAGGCUUUGGAGAACCACUGUGGUCUUCUACAGCUUGUGCUGGCCACAGUCCAGACUUUGAAACACCCCCAGACUUCCAAAUGGGACAAUUUCCUUGCCUUUGAGAGAUUACUUCUGCAGACUAUUGGUGAGUCAGAAAUGCCCAGUGUUUUGAACCAGUUAUUGCCAAUGAUCAAGUCUUACAACAAAAGGACAAAAGAUGAUUAUGCCUGCGAGGACUUUCUUGUUUUGCUGGUAUACAUAUAUUCUGUGGUUGGAGAAAUCAAAUGUGGAAAAGAGCUGGACACAGCUGAAGACGAGGUGAAAAAGGCCCUUGUCAAGGCAAUUUGUGAUGAGCCAGAACCAUCUCCUUUGUUGCAGAAAAUUACAGGCUGUGACUCGUCACUGAAGCUGACAUCUCAGAAAGCCACAGAUGCAGUGGACGGUGUCUUUCGGUGCCUCAGGGAUAUUGCCAGAGUCAGAAUGCACAUGAAACAGUUUCAUUCCAUACAUAAUCCAGGCAGCAACACCCAUCAGGCUUCUUACAAACCUCUGCUGAAACAGGUGGUGGAAGAGAUCUGCAAUCCUGAUCGGCCUGAUCCUGUUGAUAUUGAGCAUAUUUCAUCAGGCCUCACUGAUCUCCUUAAAACUGGAUUCAGCAUGUUCAUGAAGGUGAAUCGGCCUCACCCUGGUGAUCAUCCUCUUCUGAUCAUCUUUAUGGUUGGAGGAGUGUCAGUCCCUGAGGUCAAAAUGGUGAAGGAUUUGGUAGCAGCACGCAAACCUGGUACCCAGGUAAUUGUGCUCUCCUCUGUACUCCUGACACCACACAGUGCUGUUGAGUUGUUGUUUGCCCCAGACCGUCUCCAGCCUGACGCUCAUAUCUGAUGGGGGAGGCUGUGGGGAAGAGGAGUGAGUGCCUUGCCUGGAAACAUCAAAUCCCUGCUCUGUCACUCUUCUCCAAAAACUGAUGUGUCAACUGCUUCAAUUACAAGUCCCAGUGAAACAGCUGGCUGCAAGGGAACAUCUGCAGCUCAUGGGCAGCUCUUUAAAAUGGUCCAGUUGGCCGACAACAAAUCUCCCCUCUUUGAUGGCACUGUGCUGAAUCACUCCCAGCCUCACUCAGCACGGUGAGGGUCAUAAUUGUUUGUAAUAAUUCCCUAGAAAAGGAGCAGCUGAGAACCAGGUGAUGCACAAUUUGCACUCUCCAAGCAGUACAUUUUUCCUGAUGGUUUUGCUGGGCUUAUGGCUGGUGGGAAAUGCUGCUAAAGGAGUGAGAGGCAAGCAAAAUCCACCCUCUGUCAUGCUACCUAGCAAAAUGUGUGCCUUAUACAAUGUUAACAGCCUACUCUUACUUUGUCCCUCACUCCAGAGAGAUCAUGGAACACUGCCCUGAUUUAGCUGGCACAGCAGCUCCCAGCCUGGUGAUGCUUUUUCAGCAGGACUGUUGGAGGCAGGGAAGCAGAGAGCCAGACCCAAGGGCUGGGUUACAUGGCUGCUUCUCUCUCAGCUUUCUGUUUCCUGCUCUAGUUUCUCCACCCACAGUCCCAGAAGAAAAGACAGUUUCUGAUGGCACUCUUCUCUGUAGAUAUAUGCAGGAGGCCAUAUGGGCUGUGAUGGUUUGAUGAUAACCCCAAAAGAACCUUCCCUUCACAUGCAUUUAAAAAAGAAAGAACCAUAAAAUAAAAAAAAAAAAAAAAAAAAAAGAGCAUGAUCCCAUUUUCAAGAGGCCACAGCACAGAUUCUUUCUUGAGCUAGAUUUCUGAAUAGCAUGAUUAGAAAACAGCUUUUAUUUUUAAUUUAUAAUCAUGGAAGAGCUGCAAUCAAAUUCAGUUAUGCAAUUUUUUUUUUAUAAAACUUUUCUACAAUCUGUGAUGAAAGAGCAGCAGCCAAUAGAGAUUUUAAUUGCAUAUAGCACUGAGAUUUCCAAAUUGCAACAUAAAAUGGUGGAGCUCUAAAGCUGCAUCCUCUUGCUUCAUCCAAGUAAUGCUGUGACUACAGCUUAUACUGAGAUAAGGAUGUCAAAUUAAGUGACAUUCACUCUAUCAUAGCAUUCUUUAUUAUGCCAAAGGAGUAGAUUAAAUGGGAAGUAGUUUUUAAAAUUUUGUUCACUAACUAGCAUUAAUUCUCCUAAAUGUUUAUAAUGGUCUUCAGAGAAGGGUUCAUUUUGGUUUAAGUUCAAUUUUGAGUGGCUGGAAGGAAACAAUGGACUGAUUAUAAAGCAUGGACAAUGUUGCCUCUAUGGCAGAGAAAUUUAUAAGAAUGAUUAUAGAAUGGAACUUUGUGCUAUUAAAAAAAAAAAAAAGAGAGAGAAAUGCUAUGACAUUGCAAUAUUAAAAGCUCAAGGAAUAGCUUGAAUUGAGCAACUGGAAAGCAAUUAGCUGGUCUCUUAGUUUUUCUGUCAUUCCGUACUGUUCAAUCUUUCUUAGAAUAUGGUUGUUUUGUAAAUUCUGUAAUCAAUAAAGCAAUGCUCUCAUAAUGCCAAACCUGA